GGAACGCGGACGGUUAAAUUUCGGAGGGCUUUUUGGAGUAGGGCAGAUUUGAUUUGAGGUGGAGGUGGCUUCAUUGCUAAACCGCGCCACUCUUUUCAAUUUCUCAUAUUUCAUUCUUGGCGCCAAUCCCCCCAAAUUGAAAAACCUCACUCCCAAUUUUUCAUCGAUCUCAUUUUUGGAUAAAGAACCCUAGCAAGCCACCGUGUCUCUCAUGGCGGAUUAUGAUUUUGAGCCUCCAUCCUUCUCUCUAGGGCUCGAUUUUGAUCUCCACUCGGAGCCCCACCCCACCCCACCACCCGAUUCGCUACUCCGGCCAGCUAAGAGGCGACCAACAGCUGUCAAUCUCCGGACGAUUGUAGAAGACAGCGAGGAUGAUUUCGAAUCUCCCGUUAGGGUUUCCGAUUCUCAUGUUUCGGACCCACCUCCGGCUCUCAAAAGGCUUUGCCGUGGACCCACGGUACAACCCACAUCCCAGUCCAGAAAGACGGAUUCUGAGGGUGCGCCCUGCAAUGUGGAUGAUGAGAUCGAGGAUUUCUCUUCCGAGGAAGAUUGGCCCAGAGCAGGCAUUCGUCCUACUAAUUCUGUGUGUAGCAGCUCAAAGCCAUCCCUGCGUGGACAGGGGGUUGUGAGUUUAGAUUCUGGAAGCCAAUGGAGAUCAAGAAAGUGGAAAGAAAUUUCAAGAGCUUCGGCUUCCGCCAAUAUGGAAACAAAAGGCAACAAUGAGAUAUUUCCUAAAUUAACUGUGAGUCCUCUGAGAAGAUUCCAGUUGAUUGAUUCUGAUUCUGAUUCUGAUGAUCCUUCCGUGAUUGAAGACACAAGCAAAGAAAUGCGUCGUGCAACUUUGUCUCUGAACAAACAAUCAGAUACUAGUAAACAUGUAGCUUUGAGCAAUAGGGAGAAAAAAGAAGCAUCAGUUGGCAAGUGCCAAAAUGAUGACUUAUGGAAAGAUUUCUGUUCAGAGAAGAGUUCCCACAUUCUUACACCUGCUUUUGAUGAAGUCUGUGAAGAAUAUUUCAAAAACGUGAAAAACAAGAGUAAAUCAGAAGUUGACUGUAAGGUCUCUGACAAUGAGAGGACGUUGGAUGUGGGCUCUCUUCCUCCUGCUCAUUCCUAUUUUUUCCACAAGGAUUCAAGAAUUCAGAAACUAGUGCGUGAGCGUUUGCCCUACUUCUUCCCCUUGGGAGCAGGAAGCAACCAAGAAUACAAGCAACAAAAUGUAUCAAUAAUUGAUUACAUGGGCCAAUUUGCCCAAGAAAAUAAUUCCAGGCAAACAAAUAAGAGCCAAAAUGUUGAGAAAAGCUCCACAAGAAGCAAGAAAAAUGUCAAAAAGUCUCAGGUUGACAAUGCAUCACAAGAUUCUGAGAACUGGGUGAACCCUAAAAAUUGUGUUGGACUUCCAAAAAAUGCUGGCAACCGAAGGGUACAUGCAGUUAGUAGAUCUGCUGGUCACUGGUAUACGGGCUCAGAUGGGCACAAAGUUUAUGUGGACAAGAAUGGGAAGGAGUUUACUGGUAAAAUUGCUUACAUUCACUACAGGAAGGAAAGUGGAAUGGGGUUAAAAAAUUCAAAGAAGAAAACUGCUGCUAAGAAGACAACUGCUGCCAAGAAGAAAUCUGCUCCAAAGAAGAAAUGAUUCUCAGUUCAUAAGAGAGUAUGUAUGUAUAACAUGCAUUUGUAGGAUGAGAUGGUGUAUAUAUUCGUCUUUUAUAUUUUAUGACAUCUUCUCCUAUUUCCAAUGUACACUUCAUAUAUGUAAUUAUUUAUUAUUUUUAAUACAGCAUCAGGUUUGGAAACCUUGCGAAUAUUGCAAGUACUAGAACCAACACUUAGCACGCUGUGUAAGAACCUGAAUUUGUUGGCUGCAAAUUGACACCUCA